CGUUCCAAAAAACGACGGCGGCAGCGUAGCGUGCGGCCGCCGUAAUAAUUAUUUCAAUAAUGAUAAUAGCAAUAUUAAUACGUAUAUUAUUAUUAUUUGUGGUUAAUUAAUAAUAAUAUUAUAAUUUAUUACGACAUAAUUAAACGUCGACGACAACGAUUGUUGCAUUGAACGCCGCCGCGGUUGUGUGAGGUUUCGUCGGGGGGAAAAACCCGACAACCCAAUGUAUUCGAAUUAUUUAUAAAAAUCCGACGCACCCCUCCACCCUACGCCCGAAAACGUUUUGUAUAAAUCUCGUUAUUUUUUUUUCUUUCAUUGUUCGUUUUUGUUCCCGUUUUCUACCAUGGCCUUUUAGGAUUUCGCAAUCUGCAACGUCGCAAACGGUUCCCCCGACCGCGUAACCCUAUCGUUUGAUAUCCGUGCGCGGGGCCGGGAAGGUAACGCUCUGAAAACCCGCGAGCGGGUAAAAAAAAAAAAAAAAUAAAAAAAAUCGAAGUCGAGUGAUUUAAAAUUAAAUUAGACGAAAAACAGAGAAGAAAAUAAAAAAAAAAAACCAAUUAUGUCCGCUCGCCGAGAUAAUAACGCGGCGCGGAUAUCGGUGCGGUGCGUCGCGCCGCCACUGCGUCAUCGCCGCCGCACGUAUAAUACGUAUAUACGUAUAUACGGUAUAAAACGUACUAUACGUAUAUUGUAUACACACACACACGCACACACACGCGCGCGCACACACGUACAUACGUGUAUAAACGGCCCUACCGGCGGCGGCGGCGGCGGCGACGACGGCGACGAACUCAUUGUCCGUCCGUUUCGGCAGCAGCUCCGUAGUACGUCGUGGGUUCGGCCGCCGCCGCAGCUCACUCGCUAACGAGACCGUACGCCCGACGGUUCCUUUUUCCCGACGCCAGCUCCGCGGCACCGUCGCUCCGCGCCUCUCUCCGCGCCUCUCUCCGCAGUAACGGGCGAACUCGCGUGCGCGCGCGCGUACCGACGCAACGCACGCUAUCACACGCGCCACUCUCUGUUUCUCUCGCUCGCUCUCCCGGUGGCCGCCGUUUGCGUGGUUUUUUUUUUUUUUUUUUCGUAUUUUCGUUUUUUAUCACACUGUAUAUAUACGCAUAUAUAUAUAUAUAUAUAUAUAUAUACGUAUAUUAUUAUUAUUAUUAUUAUUAUUGUUGUCCCACACGCGGUGUGGCACUCGCGCACACGUUUGUUUCCUAUACGUAAAUAAUAAUAAUAUUUUAUUUUUUUUUUUUCCAUCGCUCCCUAUCGCUUUCUGGGACGCCGAAUCAGCCCGCGGUCUUUUCGCGCGGCGCCCUUACGUUUCGCGACUGUGCGUAAAAUACUGUAAUACCCAUUUAUUGUUGUUGUUCUCUUUAUUAUCGCGCACGCACGCACGCACGCACAAACACGCGUGACGGGGUCCCGUCCGGUGCGCGCGCGGCCUUAUCGUAUUUCAAAUAAUAAUAAUAAUAAUAAUAAUAAUACGGGGAUAGAAAAAUAAAUAAAUACCCAAUACGAACGGGCGAAUAAAACGGUUUUCACGAGUUUUUUCGCCGCUGGGCCACAACAAUAUCGUCCGCGGCCUCGUCCUUGGCUCCGAUUGUUGUUGUCGCGAAAUUAUUGCCGUCGCCGUCAGCUGGCCCGCCGCCGCCGCCGCCUGGACAACGUGUUCGCGCGAGGACCGCGGUCGCCGUCGUCUCCGUCCCGUCGGACGCCGCCUGCCGGGUCAUGGGUCUGGCCGCCGACGACCGUAACAUUCUGGUGCCCGUGCGCGUAGACGAUACGUGACCCGGUCGUCAUAUCGGUGCGCGGCGGUGCGCUGUUGUUUAUUGUUUUCGUUUUUGAUGGUAACGGCACCGCGAGACCAUGGCCGCCCAGCAGCAGAACCAGGUGAAACUGUUCACGUACUCCGCGAUAGAGCGCAAGGACGAGAUCGAAGAGGUAAGCGCCGUCCGCACGGGGAUGCAGCUGCUUGCCGCUGCCGCUGCUACAGCGACAACGGCUGCGGACUUCAACUUCGACGACAAUUCGCUCUCUCGCGCCCGUAACCUCUCGCACUUUCGUACUUAUACCAUAAUGCCGUGCCGUGUGUGUACUCAUGUUAUGACCCGCACGUCGUCGUCGUAUUAUACGUUGUGUGCGCGAGCCGUCGCGUGCGUCGACCGUUGUCGUAGUCGUCGUCGUCGUCGUCGUCGCCGUCGUAGCCGUAGCCGUCGCAGUGUCCCGACCGAUAUACGUCCCGGCCGUUGUUCAUUUUGUGUUUUAUCCCUUUAGAAAUACGAACGGUGUUAUCAAACGCUUCAGAGCCUCACGGCCGGUCUCAACGAUCGCGAAUACCACGACGCCCUCACCAGCCACAUCAGCAAGGACAAGAGCCAAGAGGAAGUCGUCAGCUUGGGGCUGCUGACCGCCGUCCUGCUAGACGCCAAGAACGCGGAAAAAGUACGUGCGUUUACGCGACCCACCCGGGAACUCCGACGACGAUUGCCGUUUGCACACAACGGGGUCGUGUUCCGUUUGUUUUUCAGGGCGUAUUGUAUAAUUCAUUCCCGUGGUAUUAUGCGCCUCGUUCAUUUACAAUUCUAUUACCGUGUCGUAUCAUCAAUAUUGUACCCGUACACCGGUUCCUAGUCGCACGACAAUCGAUACGCAGUAUUGAUGAGUUCUUGUCUUUCCAACGAGAAAUCCCUUUGGAUUUCCACUUUUUGCUUUUAACACUUGAUAGGCAGUUUAAUAUUGAUAGUGGGUAUCAAUAUUGAAAAUGAUUAAACAAAACCACCUUAACACCAUGUUAUUAUUUCAUUAACAAGACCGGGUCAAUCAUUUCUUUUUUUCUUCAUUUCCACGUCUCCGUCACUCGUUGGUGAAUUGAAUAUUUAUGAAAUGUACGUACAUGUGUCCCGUGCGUAGAAUUCCCUAUGCAUUGUAAAAUUGUGCAAUAAUAAAAGUCCAUACAUUGGUACUUGAAUUCAUACAAAGUGACAUAUUUUUACGGAGGUUGAAUCACUGAUUGAUAUCGCGCACACCAGAUUCUUGAAUCUAUUCCCAAUGAUUACCAAGAUUUCCUGCGAAAUUACGGAAGAUUUGCAUGAUUAUCAAACAUUUGUAAACUGAUUUCCGUUAGUGUUAUACCCACUGUAUUUUUAUGUUUUAUUAAUUUCAAUUUUUUACCUAGAAGCAGUUUUUAGGUUUUUCUGAGCAUCUUCUUUUUGGAAUAAAAACUUAGGUUUUAAUAUUCUCUACUGCCUACUUUAAAAUAGAUAUUUUUAGCAGUGUCGCAACCAGGUGGGGUCCCCGGGCUGUAUACAUUUAUUGUACUUAUACAUCUACCAAAUUUUCCUUUAGUUCAAUUGGCUAUGUGUAAACAAAUUUUUUUAAAAUAUUCUGGUUGUGCCACUGUUUCUUAGUAAUACCUAAAACCUGUAAAAUGAGUUUAAUAUUAUAUAGUCUUUCUGUUUUAUGAAAGUUUUAUUAAUAAUAUUAAUAAUUUUAUCUUCAAAAUUCUAUAUUUAUUUAUUUAUUUUUUUUUUUUAACAGACAUAUAGAGAUUUAACUUUGUUAUCACGUGAUGGCCUACAGAGUGUUAUAGCUCACUUACAACAAUUUACGUUAGAAAAAUGGAGUCGACUAUUGGAUGGAUCUCGCAAACAGUUGUUAUGGCUAAUUCGAGAAAUGGUACACAACAACAUUGCAGGUGUGGAUAACCUUUGUUGGAACCUUAUGCGAAAUGCAGCAGGUGGCGACAUUUCUUCCACUAAUAUUGCCCUCAUUGAAUAUCUCCUUGAUCUUUACCAAGACAAUAGGUAUGUUUUAUAUUGUAAAUGUAUUAUUUUAUUAGUUUUGCUAUUUUUCUCAUAAAAUUGCAUUAUCGUUUUUAGAAAAUGGUUAGAAAGAUAUCCUUGGUUGAUAGCGUCUGUUGUUUAUUCAUUUUUACGUUUCAUUGAAGAUCACACUAGUUUAAUCCCUUUGCGUAAUCGAGAAGUGGCAUUCACCAUAUCUUUACUUCGUGAUAGAUUUACUGAUUGUUUGGUGAUCGGUAGAGAUCUAAUUAGGUUAUUACAAAAUGUUUCACGUAUACCAGAAGUUGAAACACUAUGGAAAGACUUAUUACAUAAUCCUCAAUCAUUAAGUCCAAGUUUAACAAAUGGUAAUCAUGAUAGUUCAAUAGUCAAUCCAAAUUCAUAUUAAAAAUAUUUAAAGUUAAAUCUUAUAUAUUCCUAGGUGUUAUACAAAUAUUGGAGACUAGAACAUCUAGAAGAUUUUUGCAAUCGCGAUUAACACCCGAUAUGGAACGUAAAUUAGUAUUCUUUACUUCUUCAGUUCGAUUUGGUCAUCACAAACGCUAUCAAGAAUGGUUCCAAAAUAAAGUAAAGUUAAAAUAUUUUAUCAUUUUCUUUUUAUUAUAAUCAAUGUUAAUAUUAUUGUUUUAAUUUAAAGUAUUUAAAUACGCCUGAAGCACAAUCCCUGAGAAGUGAUUUGAUAAGGUUUAUUGUUGGACUAAUACAUCCUACCAAUGAACUGUUAUGUUCAGAUAUUAUACCUCGUUGGGCUGUUAUUGGUUGGCUUAUUACCACGUGCACAUCAAAUAUAGCUUUAGCGAAUGCCAAAAUGGCUUUAUUUUAUGAUUGGAUUUGUUACGAUCCAAAACAUGAUAACAUUAUGAAUAUUGGUAAGUAAUCACAAACUUGUUUUGAACUUAAACCUAUCUGAGUAACUUUUAUUUUAACCACAUAAAUAUCAAUUUUAAUUAGGAAAAAUUUGAAUGUUAACAAAGUGUAUACAAUUUAAGUUCUUUAAAAUUAAUAAACAUUUUAUCAAUGAUUAAACUUAAUUAUAUUUUUAAAUAAUUAUAAAUACAUGUAAACAAUUUUUAGUUAUAUUUUAUUUUAAUAACAUUUUUUUUGCUUGUCAACAGAACCAGCGAUUUUAGUGAUGCUCAACUCUUUACGUAUUCAUCCCACAGUAACAGCAAGCUUACUGGACUUUUUAUGCCGAGUAAUUAUACUUGUUAUUUCUUUUUAUAAAUCUCAUUAAAUUACAUAAUCUAUGGCAUAUCAUGAUUAGCACGACUCAUGUCACUUAAAACAUCAAUAUUUUUUGUUGUGAAUCAGAAUUUUUUUCAUUUCAGAUUAUUACUAAUUUUUAUCCAGCUCAAACCGAGAGGAUACGCACUGGUAUUUUUGUUUCAUUGCAACAGAUUCUUGACAAGAGAGUGUUAGCAUCAUUAGUUCCUUUGUUUACAAAUCCUCGAAUUGAUAGUGAACUCAGAACCAUAAUACAAAAUACUUUUCGAGAAUUUUGUGAUCCUCCAGCAAUUCAAGGAGGUAUCUUAAUUAUAUUUUUAACAAUUAUUUUUCUUCAAAAAUAGUUUUUUUUUUUUCUUUAUAAUGUAUUUAAUUUUAGGUGAUUCUAUUAAAAAUGAUGACUUAAUGGAUAAUAUGCUUUUAUCGCUCAAAGAGGAGUUAGUAGCAGAGACUGAUGACAUCUCAUUUAGUGAUGAAGAAACUGAAACAAGUCCAAAGAAAAUAGUUAACCUUGAAAACAGCAUACCCAUUGUAAAACCAGCAUCUGGUACGUCAAUUAUUAAAUUAAUAUGAAAUACUUAUACGGAUCUUUAAAAUGUUGAAACAUUAUUUAGUUGUCUUCAACUUAUAGUAUGUAUAGGGUGCGUUCGUGUCACGCUUUAAGCAAGUUUUAAGCGCUUAUCAGUAUUGCCAUGCUGUUCGGUUUGGCAGAUUUAAGUGCUCAGACUACAAACAUAAUGUCAUGGAAUGUCUGUGCAACAUCAUCGUUUCAUACUCACAAACACUUAAUCCAUCAAGGUAGUGCAGCAAACGCUCAAAUGUUAAAAUGAUAAUAGAUAACUUUUAGUCCAAUCAAUGACACAUAUUGAUGCUUAUACUAUCAAUGCUCAUUUAAAAUUUGUCUUUAGGCCCAUUUAAAAGUGCUUGUGUUUAAACUAAACAAUUUGUAAACAUUAAAGUGAGUGAGAGCGCUGAAUGCAUCUUAAAGUCUAAAGCGAACGCACCCAUAGUAGAGAUCAUAUAAAAUAAAAAGAAUGGUCAACCCAGUUUAUCCAUGAUUGAAUGGACCCUCAUCUUGUAUACUCUGAAAAAAUGAUUAAACUAAAUAUAUCUAGUAAUAUAUGAUACAUGAAGACAUUUAUUAUUUUUAUGAAAAAUUAAUGAUUAGGUAUUUAUAUAACAGAAUUAUGUGCUAGUUCAAUAUGUAACUAGACAUUUGUUUGAUUAUACCGAUAUACUGCUAUAAUAAUACUAGUAUCUUAUUUUGUAUCGGUAUAUUAGGAAAUUUGUUUAUUUGUUAGUACAAAACAUCAACUAUUUUUCUUUUUCAAAAAGUAAAUUGAUUAAUUAAAACUGAAAUCUGUACUCGCAAAUAGAAAUAAAUUUGAAGAUUUAUAAUAAAAAUAAUUCAAUCAUACAAGUUAUCAUAAUAAUAUAAUGUAAUUAAGAUACGAAACGAGGGAAUGAUUGUGAUGGGAAAUUAUUAUUAUUAUUAAUCAGGAGGGAAUUAUACCGAUACAAAAUAUUUGAUCUAUGUUAAAAAAAUGUAUACCAAACAAUUUGAACAGGUAUUACAAAGUAAUUUCUUUAUUUACUAUCAAUAUUCUUUUUAGUGGGAAAUUUAUACCGGUGUAAUCAAAGUUAUUUUUUGAUAGCAUACAAUAUGGUGGUUCAGGGAACAUGUGAUUUUUGUGUACUUAAUUAGAUUUGUAUUCUUUUUAUUCCUUAUUUCUAGCCUUAUUUUUUUUUUACCAAUUGAUUUUCAAAUUACAACCUAUAAUUACUAAUUUAGAUUCUCAAACAGAAUAUAUUAUUAUACUUAUGUUACUAAAAAUAGUUGUGUUAUUACACUUUUUUGAAAUUGUAUACUUGUAGUAUAUUAUAGUAUUAUAUUAUAAAAAUAUUUAUUUAUUCAUUGUUUUACAAACAUUUUUCUAUAAAACAUAAUUAGUUGGUAAAAUUAGACACUAGUGAUGGAGCUCUGCUUCUAAUAGCUCAUGAUAUGGGUAUGCAUUUUAAAUAUAAUUUCAAAUUGUUCAUCUUACAUAAAAUUUAAUUUAUAAAUCAAAAUUUGAUAUUGGUAUAGUUACAAGUGUAUUAAAAUAGUUUACUAAUUUUAAAUAUAUUAUUAAUUAUUUUAAAUAAUUUCAGCAAAAGUGAAACUAAAAGAAAGAAAUUUGCUGCCAGAAGAUUUAGACAUAGAAGCUUUAGAAACUCUAAACCAUGAAUUGAGACUGGAGACUGAAACUCUUUAUUUUAAAAAAGACAAUGAAAGAAAGUGUGAGUCAAUGGAGAAAAUAGUCCAGUUAAUUGUACAGGAUGAUGAGAUGUAUCCUGAUAUGAUAGCCGCUUUAGGCUCAUGUCUCGCAUGUUUAUUGAAAAAUCAAAUUGAAGAAAAGAUUUUCCCCGCAGUACUUAACGACGAGUAAGGCUAUUUGCUAUUUAGUAUUUAGAGAUUAUUAUUUAUUUUUAUUAUUAAAGUUACCUAUUUAUAUUUUAUCAAAAAUUUAGAACACGAGUUCUAAUAGAAUAUUAAUUAUUAAUAUUUUAACAAAUAAACUGUUUAGUGCAUUUGAAGAUAGCAUCGGAAAACCACUUUUUGUCAUGUUCCGUAGUCUUACUCAAUUUACUGAAGAUGAUUCACGUCGGCUACAACUUUUGUCUUUAUUGGCUGAAAUGAGAACACAUCAAACACGAAUUGGCUAUUUGUUACUGUAUUUUUUGCAAGUGAAUAAUGUAAUAAACAACAAUGCCGAUAGAAAAAUGAAUAAGUAAAUAAAAUAACUAAGCGACACGUCAAUUACAGUACUUAUAUUAAUACUAUUUUUUUUUCAAGUGGUAUUAAAUCCUAUAUAUACAAAGAAUUUUGUGAGACUCAAGAAAUCGAAUUAAAUGACUGUCUAUUGAGCGAUCUUCAGCUAUGUCAAGAAGAUGAUACAUCUAUGUUCUGUUGGCUAAUCCCAAAUGUCUAUAAUCAGUUUCCCAAGAUUGUCGUAGGAAAUGAAGAUUUCUUACAUUUAGUUGUAUCCGCUAUUGACGGUUCACAAAUACAAGAAAUAAUCUGUUCAAUUGUACAAGGUGACAAUGAUUUUAUUCAAAAUAUUGACUAUGUGUAGAAAUUAUUAUUCUUAUUAUUAUAAUUUUUAGGAAAGCUGAACAUGUUUCGAUCUGAUGCAGUACCAUCGCUAGCCACGAGUUCAUUAAAUUGGGAAACAAUAGAGCAAUAUUUUUUUUGGCAAUUAGUGUCGGCGCAUGAUGUUGAUAUUAAAGUGAUAUUAUCAAAUAUCACCAAAUUAGAUUAUAACAGUCAUUCUGAAACCCUGACUAAUAUUUUGCUCAUGUUAAAAAAAGAAAAGUAAGUAAUAUAUAUAUAUAUACAUUAUAAAUUAUGUAUGCAUAAUAUUAAUGGUAAUUAUUUAUUUAUAAUUGCAAUUUAAUAUUUGUUUAGGCCCACAUUAGAACUAUUAAAGCCUAUUCUGUGUAGAGAAAUUAAACCCUUAAACGACCAAUUUGUCAUAUCUGUGAUAUCUAGUUGGUAUUUAGAACAUGGAGACAGUGUAGCCAAUCUAGUUUCUCAGCUGUUAAUCAGUAGAUGCCCAGUAGUGUCUCCAACCAAAAGGAAACGAGGACAAGGUACUUUUUAUACCAAAUAUUAUUACCCCUUCUUAAAAAUGAUUAAAUGCUUGUGAGCUUUUAUUUUAAAAUGUAUUAUUAUUUCAGGACAGGGUUUAGGUUCAAGAGGAGGAGUCGCACCGCCUAGCGCUGAGCGAAUUCUUGGUCACAUGGAACGUAUUCGUAGUCGAGGUACCUGUCCAGUAAUGUUCCGUGCAGAAGGCAUGCAAAAAGCAUUACAAAUUGCACAGGCUGCAUGCACGGAUACACAGCGUAUGUUAUUCAGCAAUCUGUUCCAGUUACUCGAAGAAGAUGAACCCCAUGCGCCGACCACUAACAAAAAUUCAACUGUUGGCAAAGGCCGUGGCCGUAAAGCAGCGCCUACAUUUAGCAAUAGUAAUAAAAGAAAUGCAAAGUCUGUGAUAAAAGACCUGUCAGAAAGCUCUGAAGAGUCCAGCGAAGUAUGUAGUAUAAUAUUGUUUCUAUACUGUGUUUAAAUUUAUAUAAAUUAAUAUUGUGUUUUUUGUAUUCUUUUAGGAAGAAGAAGUAAUAAAACCAAGACAAACAAAAAAAAGACGAAAAAUAAACACUGUCGCAUCGGAUAGCGAUUGAUGAGGUAUUUUCACUCCGUGAUAAAUUUACAUAAUAUUACCUGACCAUAAGUUAUUAUUAUACACUGCUGAACAGAUGUUUUGUUGUUUUCCACAAUGUUAUUCCUCCCUGCCCCAUUUUUCUUUUAAUUGUAAUAUUGUUAAAAUAAAUUAUAUACAUAUAUAUAUAUAUAUACACACAAAUCGGUGAAAAAUUUAAAAAAAUGUUAAUACAGUGUAGAACAUUAUUUUUAUUGUUUGUAAUGUGACUGUUUUUGUAUAUACUAAUAUUUUCAAUUGAAUAUAUUUAAAUGACUUGAAUUUUUUUAAUAAUCAUAAUAUAUAUUUUUGAUUCCCUCUCUGGUUGCCUUCUCUUGCAAGCUGAUCUCGAUGCCUUUCUUGUAUGUCCCAAACUCGUUAACCUGGACUUAAAUCUCAACAAAUGCCACACCUUUUCCAGGAAAUAUUCU